AUGGAUAGGUCAAAGGGCUCGAAGAAGCGCAAGGCGAUAACUAAGGAUAUCGACGAGGAUCCAAGCGUUGUUUCUGGAAAUGAAUACGAACUCGAAGCUCUCGAUAGGAACGAUUCUGACGACUCCGACGACGCGAGCGACUCGGAAAUCGAGUUGAUUCCUGAUUUCAGCAGUGAUGAGGGAGAAGACUAUAAUGAAAUCGACAGUGAUGAAAUUCCGUCCGAUACGGAGCCAAACCAAAGUGCAAAAAAUGGAAUCAAUCUCUCUAGGAUCGAGGACAGAAGUGAUGAAUUUACAGAGGAUGAUGAGCCGAAUUUCCGGAUCGAAAAAGAUGCCAAUGGCAAUGACCGCUAUAUCUACCCUGAGAUCAACCCCGAUGACAAUUCGGAAUAUUCAGAAGUCGACGAGGAGGCGAAUGUGAUCGGAGACAUCCCGUUAUCCUUUUACGAUCAGUACCCUCAUAUCGGCUACAAUAUCAAUGGAAAGAGAAUUAUGCGACCUGCUAAGGGCCAAGCUUUGGAUGCCCUCCUGGAUAGCAUUGAAAUUCCAAAGGGUUGGACUGGAUUGACCGACCCUUCCACCGGGAAGCCAUUAGAACUAUCUCAGGAUGAGCUGGAGCUUUUGCGGAAAUUCCAGAUGAAUGAAGUUACGCAAGAUGGUUAUGACCCCUACCAGCCGACCAUUGAGUAUUUCACCAGCAAACAGGAGAUUAUGCCCUUGAGCGCGGCUCCAGAACCAAAACGAAGGUUUGUGCCUUCAAAGCAUGAGGCGAAGCGGGUGAUGAAGCUCGUCAAGGCAAUUAGGGAGGGCAGGAUCCUUCCGUAUAAACCCCCGGAAGAAGCAGAUGAAUCCCAAGAGGGGGUCCAGACAUACGACCUCUGGGCUAACGAGGCUCCACGACCGGAUCACCCAAUGAACAUUCCGGCUCCGAAAUUGCCCCCGCCAGGGUACGAUGAGAGUUACCAUCCGCCGCCGGAGUAUCUGCCAGAUAAGAAAGAAAAAGAAGAAUGGGAGAACCAAGAUGAAGAGGAUCGAGAAAAGGAAUAUCUUCCAAGAGAUUAUAGUGCUUUGCGAAAGGUACCGGGAUACGACAGGUUUGUUAAGGAAAAAUUCGAGCGCUGUCUCGACUUGUAUUUGGCGCCUAGAGUCCGCCGGAGCAAGUUGAAUAUUGAUCCAGAGUCUCUUCUGCCCAAACUACCGAGUCCCGAAGAGCUUAAACCGUUUCCAACAACAUGUUCUACAUUAUUCAAAGGCCAUCGUGGUCGCGUUCGAAGCUUGGAAAUUGACCCAACCGGAGUUUGGCUAGCCACUGGUGGCGACGAUGGUACGAUUCGUGUUUGGGAGCUUCUCACGGGUCGGCAACUCUGGAGCGCAGAGAUAAGCGACGAGGAUGCCGUCAAUGUUGUGCGCUGGCGACCAGGGAAAGAAGUUGUCAUGCUAGCAGCAUCAGCCGGUGACAGUAUCUACCUGGCAGUCCCAGAAAUCCUUAAUCCGGAGCUUGAAUCUGCCAGUCUUGAGGCGCUGGAUGCUGGUUGGGGCUAUGCUGCCUCCGCAGCCACCGGCCCAAGUAGCACAAAGAAAACAUCCUCACUGCAAUGGACUCGCCCUUCAUCAGCACUCGCAGACUCCGGUGUAUAUGCGGUGAUCCCCCUCGGUUACAUCGCCAAAUCGUUAUCUUGGCAUCGUCGGGGAGAUUACUUUGUUACCGUUUGCCCUGGCACAUCUACCCCCGCCUCUCUCGCUAUAGCCAUUCACACAUUGUCGAAACAUCUUACGCAAUACCCUUUCCGUCGACGCCUCAAAGGUGGCGGCUCGCCUCAAGUUGCACACUUCCACCCUUCGAAGCCCAUCCUCUUCGUUGCCAAUCAGCGCUCCAUCCGUGCAUAUGAUCUCUCGCGCCAGACCCUUGUCAAGAUCCUCCGUCCAGGCGCCCGGUGGAUUUCCUCUUUCGAUAUUUCAUCCGACUUUCCUCCUCCACUUCCGGCGGUGAUAAUCUUUAUCGGUUGGGCUCCUACGACAGACGGUUGCUCUGGCAUGAUCUCCAUCUUUCUGAUCGUCCCUAUAAGACCCCUUCGAUAUCAUCAAAAAGGCUAUUCGACAAGUCAAAUUCCACCCACACUAUCCUCUUUUUGCGGACUCGAGUGA